CUCUUAUUCUCGUUGAAUAAAUGGUUAAAGAACAAGUUUACUUAAAAUGUCUUUAAACGUUUUGCACUAUCUUUGCAUUUUCAUAUUUUUCGUAAGGCAAAGUUCAGGGUAUAAUCUAACCGUUUUGACGAAAAAUGGCUACGUUGAAGGUUAUAAACAACAAAGUUCAUCGAUCUCAAAUGGGUACUAUUACGCAUUCAAAGGAAUUCCUUUUGCAGAGCCCCCAAUAGGGGCACUAAGAUUUCAAGAUCCUCGGCCAGCGCAACCAUGGAAAGGCAUAAAGCAAACCAAACGUUUCAAAGACGCAUGCGCAGCUCAUCAAAACAGUCGUUCUACAAGUCCUAUAGUUGGAAAAGAAGAUUGUUUAUAUCUAAACGUCUACAUACCUUACACAGAAGAAGACAAUAAAGAUUUAUCGUUACCAGUAAUGGUUUGGUUUCAUGGCGGCGCUUUUGUAAGGGGUAGACCUUUCACAAACCCGUCGUUCCUUCUAGAAAAGCCAGUGAUAAUGGUUGUACUUGCAUAUCGCCUGGGAGUUCUCGGCUUCCUCAGUACUCAAGACCAGAAUGCUUGGGGAAACGCAGGACUUAAAGACCAAAAUUUAGCGCUUCAAUGGGUUAAAGACAAUAUCGGGUAUUUUGGUGGAAACUCAAAUAAAAUUACCAUUUUUGGACAAAGUGCUGGAGGGGCCAGCAUCGAGUACCAGCUGGUGUCGCCAAGAAGUGCAGGGCUUUAUUCACAAGCAAUAGUCCAAAGUGGAAGUACUCUUAAUGAAUGGGGGUUUCAGAGGGACCCCUCAGAAUUAACUUUGCAAUUGGCUAACGCAUUAGGUAUUCUUUCCACUGAUACACAAGAAAUAGUGCAAGAAUUACAAAAAGUAGACUACGUCAGUCUUAUAAGUAAUUCAUCGCGUUUAAGUGGUGGUAGAUUUCAACCAUCUGUCGAGGUGGAUCAUGAGGGAGCUUUUGUAAGCAUUAGCACAUAUUACAGCUGGACCAAUCGUGAGUUUAAUAAGGUCCCGGUCAUGAUAGGUCACACUUCGGAAGAUGGAUCUUAUGGAAAUGGAAUGUAUACCCAAUACGCCAAGGAUCACAAAAAAGUCAUUCCGGCCGGUUUAAAUAUUGACAGAAAUUCUGAAGAAGCUGAGGAAAUCGUUCAGAAAAUUUCAACGAUAUAUUUUCCGGAUAACACCUACGACAAUUUUACAGAAUGUAUUGAUUUUAUGACUCAACAUUACUUCGUCAGGGGUAUCAGAAAAACUAUAGCAGAUCUAGUGAAAACGUCCCGUCCCGUAUACUAUUACAGAUUUUCCUACGUUACAACUGCAAAUUACACCGUAGGAGUAAACGGUGGGGCAGGUCAUGGAGAAGAUGCACUUUACUACUUAUAUCGUCCUUUAUAUACAGAUGCUGACGUACACAUGAAGGACGUCAUGGUGACCUUGCUAACCAAUUUUGCGACGUAUGGGAAUCCUACUCCAGAAAUUGACCCCGUUCUAGGAAACGUUAUAUGGCCUGAAGCAAGGGACGGUGUUGAAGGGGAAGAUGACGUGCGUUAUUUGGAAAUUGGGAAAGAAUUAGUGCCUGGACUGAAUCCAUUUCAAGACGACUUUUUAUUUUGGAGAGAAUUGUUUAAGAAUUAUUCAACAGGCACCAUCUAUACAUAUUACCAGAACGUGAAAAUGGUGCCACAUGUGUCAUCUAGAGAGAUAUUGUUUGCGAUUUUGUUGAUUUGUAUUAACGAAUCAUGUGGGUACAAUCUGACCGUUAGAACACAAAGCGGAUAUGUGAGGGGUUUCAUGACAAGAAGUUCAUCAAAUUCCAGUCUUUUUUUCUAUGGAUUUAGGUCAGUCCCCUACGCAAAGGCACCAUUAGGAAAUCUUAGAUUUCAGGACCCACAACCACCUGACUCAUGGGAUGGGGUUAGACUGGCCAACUUUACUGCGAACUCCUGUGUUCAACAAACUGGAAACGCUGGAAGUACUGUAAUUGGAAAUGAAGACUGCUUAAAUUUGAAUAUAUAUGUACCGCAAUCAGAUCAGAACAACGAAGACCUAUCGUUCCCGGUAAUGAUUUCUGUUCAUGGUGGUGCAUUUGUUCGCGGUUCACCUUAUGGGAAUCCAUCAUUUCUUCUUGAAAAGCCAGUGAUAGUAGUUGUCAUUGCUUACCGCUUAGGAGUCCUUGGGUUCCUGAAUAUUGGAGACCAAAACGCAUGGGGAAAUGCCGGUCUUAAAGAUCAAAGUCUUGCGAUACAAUGGGUUAAAAAUAACAUUCGGAAUUUUGGAGGAGAUCCCAAUAAAAUCACCAUUUUUGGUCAGAGUGCAGGAGGAGCCAGCAUUAGUUAUCAUUUAGCUUCCCCAAAAAGUCGAGGUCUCUUUGCUCAGGCAAUUGUUCAAAGUGGUACUACAUUAAGUGAGUGGGGAUUUAUGAGGAAUCCGACAGCGUUAGCUUUUCGAUUGGCAAGGCUGCUCAAUAUAGGAUCAAACGAUACUGCUGAAGUAGUCAGGCAACUUCAAAGAAUAGACUAUCAAGUCUUAGUUAAUGCCUCUUCGCAACUUAGCCGAUUUUUACCGUCUGUUGAAGUUAAUCAUCCCGGAGCUUUUAUUAAUCGUAGCUCUUACGAUAUCUGGACUAACGGUGAUUUUGAUAAAGUUCCUGUUAUAAUAGGUCACACCUCGGAAGAUGGCGCUUAUGGUAGAGGUGCCUACAGACAGUACGCUCAAAAUCCUAGAAAUCUCAUUCCCGCUGGGCUGAAUGUUGACUUAAACUCUCCAGAGGCUAAUCAACUAAUCCAAAACAUCUCUGACUUUUAUUUUCCAGACAGAGUGUAUGAUAACCUUAACAGAUCUCUAAACUUCAUGACUCAACAUUAUUUUGUCCGAGGUAUUCGAAAAAUUAUUGCAGACUUACUGAAAACAUCACAGCCACUGUAUUAUUACAGAUUCUCGUAUGUUACAACGGAGAACUACACCACAGGAGUUUACGGUGCUGGACAUGGUGAGGAAAAUCUGUAUACGUGGUACACUAGAUUAGCUAAUCAAGAGGAUAUCCUUAUGAAGGAUCGUCUGAUAACGAUGUGGACUAACUUUGCAAUUUACGGAAAUCCUACUCCAUCGGCCGAUCCUGUUCUUGGAAACGUUAUUUGGCCAAGCGCAAGAGGUCUUGGAGGUGAUAACGUUCGAUAUUUGGAGAUUGGAAGACAAUUGGUACCUGGUACAAAUCCAGCUCAGCAAGAUUUCUUAUUUUGGAGGAACAUAUUUCAGCAACAUGCAAAACCACCAAUUUACACGUACUAACAUAAAAUAAUAGACGAUGUAAAAAAAGUAUGAUGAUGUAUUGAAAUAAAACAAAGUAAUAUCAGUAUGAUGGAAA